AAAAGGAAUGGGCUCGUAUUGAGUCACUGGUAAACAAGAUAGCUUGGAUUUAUUGAUAAAAAUUAAUUUAAACACAAAAUGGCUCUGGUUGAUCAUGACUCAUGGGACAUUGAGUACGAGGGAUGUCAGAGAUUGCAUCAUCAACUGAUGGUGCAACUGCACCAAAGACAGCAACUACAAACCGAAUCCACCCACAUUCAAGAUCCAAAAUACACACAGCUGACCUCAAGCAUUCAGUCUGGCUUGGAGCAAUUGAAGAAAGAUGUGCAACACUUGAGAGUUGUCUUGGAAAACGCUGUCACCUGGGAGACAAGCACCAAGGAAGAGCUACAGCAACGGCGGAUAGACCUCGACAAAAUCAACUCGCAGCUAAAAGAAAUUACUAACAAAUUUAGCCAAUCCACAAGGGCCGAUGGAGCGGCAGCAGCCAGCUCUUCUGCUUCGUCUAUAUGGCAGGAAGAAGCAUCUUCUGGCUUACACAGCAUCGAAAGGGCUCCCGCCGAUAUGGCUUCGUUCAAGUUAAGAAAAGAGCAAAUGCUAGCAGAGCAAGAGCGAGGUUUAGAUUCACUAUCUAAUACACUUUCUCGUCAGCGUCUCCUAGUUGAACGAUUGGGCAAUGAGGUUGACGAUCAUAACGUUAUUUUAGACAACAUGGCCAAUACAAUGGAUCGAGUGGAAUAUGGUGUCCAGCGGGAAACCCAAAGCAUUAGCCAAGUAAAUCGUCGAGAUAGCACUUGGGGUUAUUGGCUGAUAAUAAUUUGUCUCUUUGUGGCCAUUAUUGUGGUAGUCUUUGUGUGACCAAAAAACGAAGCGAUUGGUGUUAUGCCUUUUAGGACAUAUUUUUUUUAUUGUACCCUAUAUAUAAAUACUACUACAUGUUGCUCAUUAUAUUUAUCAAGGUUAAAUUUUUUUUUUAUUAAUCAAAUAUUUUGUAAUUUGGCAGACUGUUUGUCACAGUUUCAUAUAUCUUUUGGCUAUUUGGGUCAAUUUGGAUUUUGGGAAAAAUUAAAAUUACAAACAACAGAAUGAUGCUGAUUACAC